AAUAUCUUAGUGGCGGAUGACAACUAGUCCGCCAUGCCAUAUUAAAGGGCUCGAUCAAGUGAUUCCGGCGCUCACUUUGUUUCUCAUCCUUGCUCAGCCUGUUUCCGCCUUGUGUCUUGCAAGGGAUCAUCGGUGCAUAAUUUCAUGCUCGCCGCAACUCCCAUCGAUUUUGCCUUCGACGAAGAUGAUCAUUGGCUAUCCACAGCUCCUCCUUUGCUAUACAGGUCGACAAGUGUCGGAAGUAGCUGGGGAGUCACAUCGAUAGGUCGCGGCUUUGAUUGGUCUGCGAAAGAUGAUAAUGAAGUCGAAGUCAUAUCGCAACCUCAAUGUCCAUUGGAGAAAAAGCCGCCACAGGAUCUUCCAAAGCUCGAAGACUCUAAGUCCGCAAUGCCCACUCGACCGCCUCUACUGGUUUCUCCAGUCCCUGUUCGUUUGCUUUCAGAAACUCAAACACCCUCCCCAAACUGUGAACCAUUAAUGUUAUCCCCAUCUGCAUCUACUCCCAACCUAACGGACUCUCCGAUAUCUGACUCUCCGUCUCGUUCGCUAUCGCGCUUGUCAUUGCAUUCGACAACCCCACUUGAGCCAAAUGUAUCUGAAGCACAUCAUCCCCCACUUUCCCGUUCCCCUACCUUGUCACGAGCUCGCAGGAGGUCUUCACAGCAGCGGGUGUCCCUCAUCGCAGGUCGCGUUAUGAUAGCCCCGAUAGAACCGCCUUCACCGCCUCCUACAAUGCCAAAGAUUCUACAUCGGUCAGGAAGCACUGGAAGUAUGUUGUCUUCCGUUGCAAGUACCUGUCCUCCGACCCCCGCUCGUGAAGCCUCCUCAUUACCUGAUGGCAAGGCCAUAUCAGACUUUUUUAUCGAAGGUGAGAUCGGCCGAGGCGCGUACGGCCUCGUCAAAAGAGCACGCGAAUACAAAACAGAUGGAUCCCUUGGGCCACCAUUGGUCUUGAAACAAAUAAUCAAGUCUCGCAUCCUUGCUGACUGUUGGAAACGACAUCCGCGGUUUGGCACGAUACCAAUAGAAAUUUUUGUCAUGUCUGUUAUAUCAUCAACGUCGUACACCUUACCCGCAGUACGGCCAUGGGAUCCAUCACGACGACGGCCUCCCGCUAGAACCGACGGGGACCCGACACGUUUUCAGCCUGAUUGUAUUCACAUGGCCGACGAUGAAAGGUGGCAAGAAGGAAAAGAGAUCAAGGGACAUCCAAAUAUCUGCCCUCUGGUGGAUUUCUUCGAAGACAACCAUUAUUACUAUCUUGUCCUACCGUCUUCCACGCCUGAAAAGACGUCCAAUGAGCCUCCUCCAACAGAUCUAUUUGAUCUCGUCGAGACUUACCCCCAGGGACUUUCACCGUUUGAUAUUCGCAGCUAUCUCGGACAGCUUGCAGAUGCCCUAUGUUUCUUGCACUCUCAUGGGAUAGUUCAUCGAGAUGUAAAGGAUGAGAACGUUGUCCUUGGACCGAAUGGCAAAUGCGUCUUAAUAGACUUCGGAAGUUCGGGACUUGUGAAGAAGAACGGAUGGGACACAUUCAGUGGGACGUUGGACUAUGCGGGCCCUGAAAUUUUACGUGGGGAGCGAUAUCACGGGAAGGAGCAAGAUGUAUGGGCGUUCGGUGUUGUGGCAUACGUCCUUCUCGUAGGAGAAUGCCCUUUCGUCACGGCAGCUGAGGCCCAAGAGGGGUUGGCCUCGCCGUUUGCGAACGCAUCUAUUGCACUGGAUGAGCGUUGCGGUGAUGAUAAGGAGAAAGAUGGAGAAGAGGAGGAUGGAGGUGGAGCAGCAGGAGAUGCUGCAGCCCUCGUCAGGGCUUGCUUGCAAGUGGAAGUGAGUGCGAGACCUACGUUUGAGAACAUUUUGCAGUGUCGAUUUUUGAACGGGGGAAAGGGUUGGGGGAUGGAGCUGCCCUGCGGUAAUUAUCAACACCUAUCUCCACAACCGAGCGCGUUUCCAGCACGUGUCACUUGAUCGAAGGCAACGAGGCAGGUAUUUUGUCUGUCAGACUCCCACUGAUCCUAAUGAGGAUCUGUUCGGCCUAUCUUGGACAUCUCUCCUCUUAUGUCCUUUCUUUUUAUCUCAAACCAUCAAAUCUCACCGUAUCAGCAUCGAUCUGCCAUGAGGCCUCAUAAUACUAUUGAUCUGUUUCAACUAGCUAGUACGCAAUGCUAUCGAUAGGCUGUACUAGUAGCACAUCGUAACCCUCUUCUUGUAGAUUAAUCAUAUCUGUAUCAAAUUGAUCGGG